GUAUGUGAGGUUGGUUUGUAUAUACUUUCCUUCAAACUGAGGCUCUAAAAUAGCUUUUAUUCAAAAUGUAGUUGCAAAUCUGGUGAGAAAGAGUUACACCUCCCCCUUGUUUAAAAAAAAAAAAAAAAAGAAAAAGAAGACUGAGAUGAAGACGAGAUAUUGCUGGAUAUAAGAGGUAUAAGAAGAAUAAAAUAAUGUAUCUAAACAGAUUCCUACUCAUUUUGACAAUAUUUGUUCUGGUGGUCAGUUCUGAGACGGUACCCGGCACUUGUGUCAUUGAGAAAAAAUCCUGUUCUGCAGAAAAAUGUGAACUACAGUUAACAUCAUAUUGUAUGGAACGAGUAAGUGCUGUACAGUGGUAUCAUGGGAGAAAAAGAAUAGACGAUGUCAAGGAUUCACAUUACACAGGAUCGUUAAAAGAAACCAUGGUGCAUUGUAGUUCUCAAAUUCCAUGUGUACGAGCCGUUAUGACCCUGGUCAUGGCACCGUUUUUACCACGUGAUUAUGGAAUGUACAGAUGUGUCUUGACGACACCUAGCAAAGAAAUUCGCUGUGAAUCUAAUUUUACACUCAAACUUUCAAAUCCGAUUGUAACAGAAAAUGGCGAUUCUGGGAGUAUACAAGUAAAAACUAACUAUAUAUACAUUGCCAUAGGUGUUGUUGCAGGCUGUGGUCUGAUGAUAGUAAUACUCCUUAUUGCCGUCAUUAAACUGGCUCGAGGAAGACGACAAAGAAGAGUUAUGGAAAGGGAGAUAAACGUCCAGAACAAUAGAAAAGAAAGUGCUGGUCAGUCUCAUCACACCUACGCUUCAAUCGGUUCUGAUAUAGGUCAUUAUGAGAGUCUGUCUGGAAGAAGAGGUACAAAAGAGGGGUAUGAUAUUCCAGGACCAGCAGUUUCUAUAAAAAAAGAUUCCGAAGGCUACUUGAAACCAGAAACUCAUAGUAGACUGCCAGAACCGGAAGAAGCGGAAGUACAAGACGACGAAUUCAGUGAUUUCACUAUGGGUUCCGCUUUUUCAUCGUCGACAUUUUCAUUUGCUCAAGAAGACAUCGAGGCUUAUAACAACCGGAAGUAUUCAGCUGCAAGUAAUCAGAACAUUGACCCAACCUAUACAGUAGAAAAUAUUCGAAGAAAGUCCAGCAUGGCUUUGUCUAAUCCAGAAUACACAGCCGGUGUUUUCCAGAAAUCCAAGUCGCAGAAAGCUGGAGGUACAGUUAAAGGUUCACAGCGAGGUCAAGGGUCAGCGAGGAGGAAAGAAGAAUCAUGUGAUUACCAAAAUAUCAAAAAGACAAGAAGACUUACAUAACGGAGAAUUGUAAAAACAGUUUUAUUAUAAUGAAGGAACAGUAGAACAUAUAAUGGAGAUAAGAAAAUACAGUUUUUUCUAUCACAACAUGAGAUGUGGUUACUUUACACGGGAAAAUGAUUUAUUUAAUGAAAAAUUGAUAAAAAAAAGACUGAAAAUAUAUAAUGUUUUACUUCCAAAUCCUCAAUGUAUUUACAAUUGAAUGUUGAUUGCUUAACGUUUAUUGGCAUUAUUUUGAUUUUAUGGCAUAUUCAGGUCUAGAACACAUCAAGUUCGGCAAAGUAAGUCGACAGGGAUAAAAAGCUAAACAAUUUGACUGCCACACACUUAAUAUCGAUUGGUGUUGUUACGAGCUGAAGUUUUGACGAGGGAUAACAAAUUGACACCUCAGAGAAUAGUUACAAGAGUUCCUCAACGAACAGAGAGAGUAACACUCAACUACCACAAUGCAUCAACCUUUACGUCUUCAUUCCGACCGGACGUAGCUGUGCAUUAAUACAUUUUGCUUCAGUUAUCCAAAUACAUUUAAAACCAAUAAAACAUCUACUGAUCAACACAUGCUCCUUAACGAACGAUACGUGUUAAGUCUAUCGUCAUAAAAAAUAUGAAUUUUUUUUAACUAGCUGAUCACUGCCGUUUAUACCAGAUUUACACACUCUAAACAGUAUCAUGGAUCACGGAUCCUUAUAUGGCACGGAUAAAUGAAAUCCGAAGACUAACAUAAAUUUUAAACUGUAUCUCCUCCAUUUAUCAGACAGUAUGACAGUUUUGUUUAUUCCGUUAUUUGAUAUUGUAUAGCGUUUGAUUGCCAGGUUUAUGGACUUUGCCCCCUUUUUAAAUAUGCCUUGGAGUUUGGUGUUUUUGAUAAUACGUUUUUCUUUAUCUUGACCAUGAUCAGUAUUCUUGACAGCGAUUUUACCACUCUGUUUGUAGAAACUGAUUUAACGUUUUGAAAAUAAAAAAAAUGUUUAUAAUAAAAAAAGAUAAAUCCAACAAAGAUGCCGGGAGUAUAAUCUGGUUUAUCAGAUACUUUUUUCGUCUGAGUCAGUUACACGAGGGUGAAGCCGCGUCAAUCAACAAUGGCAUCGACAUCGACCCCGUGGUUGUAAAAACUCAUCAAAGGAAAGGCACUCUGUUCGCAUUAACGUUUUCAGUUGCGCGAGAUCAACACUAUCAAAGUUUAUUUAUCGAUAAUAAAACAAAAUCAUACAGUGUCAGAAUUGGAACAUAAAAGGACACAUAAACCCGAAACUUCAACUUCAAAACAAAGACUUUGAAAUCUUCAUUAAAUUUUGUUUUAAUCUAAUUUUGAAUUAACCAAUUCUUAGAUAAGUACGCAGUAGUAUAGAGUCAGAAAAUAUGGUAUUCACGUCGUGUAUGUCUAUAUAAGAGGGGCGAAAGAUACCAGAGUGACAAUCAAACUCAUAGAUCGAAAAUAAACUGACAAAGCCAUGGCUAAAAAAGAAAAAGACAAACAGACAAAUAACAGUACACAGGAAACAACAUAGAACACUAAAGACUAAGCAACACCACCAAAAACUGGGGAGGAUCUCAGGUGAUAAUAGAACUUGUCACGUUUACCACCAAAAACUGAAAUAAGCUGAUUCGCCGCUGAUGAGAAUAAAAUAUAUAGGGAAAUACACGUAGGGAUCAGUCAGGUUAAUUUCGUGCCCAACAUGUUGUAGAAAUUAAAUUAAACAUUGUCACCACAAUAAAAUAAGGCUACAGUGACGGUGUUCUUACAAAUCAGCUUCAUAUAGCAAAAGCAUUGCUAAUGCUAGUAAGUAAUUUCAUGAUUAAAUUGUCCACAGAAAAUCGUGUACAGCAUACUUGAAGAGUUGUCAAAACUAAUAUUGAGAUCAAGACAUUUUAUUUGUCGUACAAACCGUUUGCGGCAUUCUUCAGAACACUGGUUAACUCAUCUGCAAACCAAGUUCAUCUUUUUGCCGCUUUGACAUAGCUUUAACUAUUUUUUUGUAAUAUCCGCCAGCACUGCUCAAACCUGUUCAGGAAAUGAAUCAUUCGUUACUUUUUUCAUUUCUUUUGUUCUCAUGAAACUUUUAUCUACACAAUGUUAUUCUCCUGCCUGCGAAUCUAUUAUGUUUUUUUUUUGAUGUAACGUAAAUGAAAACGUCACAUGAAUAUCCAAAUAUCAUGCCAAACCAUCGCACUUCAGCAAAAGGACUAUCGUACUUCGGCGCUGACCAUCGCACUUCAGCGUGACCAUCGCACUUCAGCGUCCCCAUCGCACCUCCGAGUCCUACAUAUAUAUGUGUAUAUUCAUAAGUGUUGAUGAAGCAAGGUGUUGAUGACUAUAUUAUGUUUAUUGAAAAAUUUUGGUUUCAAUGCUAUAUCAUUUAUAUUAAAUACAUAUUUUAUUU